UUCUCCCUUGGCACCGUCACCCCCCACCUCAUGUAGGAGGGUGCUAAGGAGUUGGGAGGGAGGAGGAGCCUGGGCUACAUACAGCCCACACUCCCUCCAGGGGCACUUCCCUCCCCACCCCCCUCCAGGGGCACUUUGGUGGGUGUGGGCUCGGGGCUGGAGGGGGAGGGUGGGGCCUACUUUGUGGCGUGCUGGGGAACUUUUUCCCCUUCUUGAAGCCAGGGGAAAGGGAAUGCCCAAUUCAGAAAGACAUGGGGGCAAGAAGGACGGUGGUGGAGGCGCUUCUGGAACUUUGCAGCCGUCAUCGGGAGGUGGCAGCUCCAACAGCAGAGAGCGUCACCGCUUGGUGUCGAAGCACAAACGGCACAAAUCCAAGCACUCCAAAGACAUGGGGCUGGUGACCACUGAAGUCGCACCUUUGGGUACAAUUAUCAAACCUUUAGUGGAAUACGACGACAUCAGCUCGGAUUCGGACACCUUCUCCGACGACAUGGCCUUUAAACUCGAUCGGAGAGAGACUGACGAGCGCCGCGGAGCGGAGCGGAGCGAUCGCCUGCACAAACACCGGCACCACCAGCACCGCCGCUCCCGGGACUUAGUCAAAACCAAACCGACGGAAAAAAUGAAAAACCAGGAAGUCUCCAGCAAGUCGGGGUCGACGAAGGACCGGGGCUCAGCGAGUGCGAAGCGUCCCAACGAGGAGAACGAGGACUGUGGGAAGUCCCAGCUGUCGAAGAGCAGCGGCGGCCUCAAGGAAUCCCGGUCUUCCAAGCUCCAUAAAGAGAGACCGCGGAAAGAGCGAGAGGUGAAGUCGGGGCACAAAGAUCGGAGUAAAAGCCAUCGGAAACGGGAAACACCCAAAAGUUACAAAACCGCGGACAGCCCCAAACGGCGAUCCCGGAGUCCCCACCGGAAGUGGUCCGACAGCCCCAAGCAAGACGAUAGCCCCUCGGGAGCAUCUUACGGCCAAGAUUAUGACCUUAGCCCGCCGAGGUCUCACACCUCCAGUAAUUAUGAUUCCUACAAGAAGAGUCCGGGAAGCACCUCCCGGAGGCAGUCCGCUAGCCCGCCGUACAAGGAGCCUUCGGCCUACCAGUCCAGCGCCCGCUCGCCCAGCCCCUACAGUCGGCGCCAGCGCUCUGUGAGCCCCUAUAGCCGGCGGAGAUCAUCCAGCUACGAGAGGAGUGGCUCCUACAGUGGUAGGUCACCCAGUCCCUACGGUCGGCGGCGGUCCAGCAGCCCGUUCAUGAGCAAGCGGUCCCUGAGUCGCAGCCCACUUCCCAGGAAAUCCAUGAAGUCCAGAAGUAGAAGUCCUGCAUAUUCAAGACAUUCAUCUUCUCAUAGUAAAAAGAAAAGAUCCGGGUCACGCAGCCGGCAUUCCAGUAUCUCACCUGUCAGGCUUCCAUUGAACUCCAGCCUGGGAGCUGAACUCAGUAGGAAAAAGAAAGAAAGAGCCGCAGCUGCUGCAGCAGCAAAAGUGGAUGGAAAGGAAUCCAAGGGAUCACCUAUAUUUUUAUCCAAAAAAGAAAACAGUUCCAUAGAGGCUAAGGAUGCAGGCUUGGGGUCUAAAAAGUUACCCAGGGUUGCUAAAUUGGAAAAAUCAGCUACAGAUACUGAACUGGUGAAUGUAACACAUCUAAACACAGAAAAUAAAAAUUCUUUAGAUACAGGGAACAUAAAGUUGGAUGAGAACUCUGCAAAACAUCCUGCUGUUAAAAAUUUGAAAGCACAGGGAACAAAGGACUCUAAACCCAUAGCAUCAAAAGAGGAGAGUGUUACUCCAAAGGAGACAGAAACAUCAGAAAAGGAGACCCUUCCACCUCUCCCGACAGUUACUUCUCCACCACCUCCUUUACCAACUACUACCCCUCCACCUCAGACACCUCCUUUGCCGCCUUUGCCUCCACUACCAACUGUUCCACAACAACCACCUCUGCCUCCUCCCCAAACAGGAAUUAGUCAGGCUCUUGCUUCUAGUUCUUCUGCUUUGCCCUCUUCUGCUCACCCAAGGACAUCUACUCUGUCCUCUCAGACAAAUUCUCAGCCCCCUGUACAGGUUUCUGUGAAGACUCAAGUGUCUGCAAUAGCUGCUAUUCCACAUCUGAAAACUUCAACACUGCCUCCUCUGCCUCUCCCGCCCUUGUUACCUGGAGAUGAUGACAUGGAUAGUCCAAAAGAAAUUCUACCUUCCAAACCUAUGAAGAAAGAGAAGGAACAAAGGACUCGACACUCACUCAUGGAUCUCCCUCUUCCUCCUGAGCUCCCUGGUGGGGAUCCAUCUCCCCCAGACUCUCCAGAACCAAAGGCAAUCACACCACCUCAGCAACCAUAUAAAAAGAGACCAAAAAUUUGUUGUCCUCGUUAUGGGGAAAGAAGACAAACAGAAAGUGACUGGGGGAAACGCUGUGUAGACAAGUUUCAAAUCCUUGGGAUUAUUGGAGAGGGAACCUAUGGCCAAGUGUAUAAAGCCAAGGACAAAGACACAGGUGAAGUAGUAGCCUUAAAGAAGGUGAGACUUGACAAUGAGAAAGAGGGCUUCCCAAUAACAGCCAUUCGGGAAAUCAAAAUUCUUCGGCAAUUGAUCCAUCGGAGUGUUGUUAACAUGAAGGAAAUUGUCACAGAUAAACAAGAUGCAUUGGAUUUCAAGAAGGACAAAGGGGCUUUUUACCUUGUAUUUGAAUAUAUGGACCAUGACUUAAUGGGACUGCUAGAAUCUGGAUUGGUGCAGUUUUCUGAGGAUCACAUCAAGUCAUUCAUGAAACAGCUAAUGGAAGGAUUGGAUUAUUGUCACAAAAAGAAUUUCCUGCAUCGAGAUAUUAAGUGCUCUAAUAUUUUACUGAACAACAGUGGGCAAAUCAAACUAGCAGAUUUUGGACUUGCUCGACUCUAUAACUCUGAAGAGAGUCGCCCUUAUACAAACAAAGUCAUUACUCUAUGGUACCGGCCUCCAGAAUUGCUGCUGGGAGAGGAGCGCUAUACACCAGCCAUAGAUGUUUGGAGCUGUGGGUGCAUCCUUGGGGAAUUGUUCACAAAGAAGCCAAUUUUUCAAGCCAGUUUGGAACUGUCUCAGCUAGAUCUGAUCAGUCGACUCUGUGGUAGCCCUUGUCCAGCUGUGUGGCCUGAUGUUAUCAAGCUGCCCUACUUCAACACCAUGAAGCCAAAGAAGCAAUAUAGGCGGCGUCUACGAGAAGAAUUUUCAUUCAUUCCUUCAGCAGCACUUGAUUUAUUGGACCACAUGCUGACACUAGAUCCUAGCAAGCGUUGCACAGCUGAACAGACUCUUCAGAGUGACUUUCUUAAAGAUGUUGAGCUCAGCAAAAUGGCUCCUCCUGACCUCCCACGGAAUCAAGAUUGCCAUGAAUUAUGGAGCAAGAAGAGGCGACGGCAGCGACAAAGUGGUGCUGUGGUAGAAGAACCACCUCCACCCAAAGUUCCUCGAAAAGAAGUUACCUCAGGGACAAGUGCUGAGCCUGUGAAGAACAGCAGCCCAGCACCACCACCUCAGCCUCCUCCUGGCAAGGUGGAGCCUGGGGCUGGGGAUACAGUAGGCCUUGGUGACAUCACACAACAAUUGAAUCAAAGUGAACUAGCAGUGUUAUUGAACCUGCUACACAGCCAAACUGACCUUAGCAUCCCUCAAAUGGCACAGCUGCUUAAUAUCCACUCCAACCCAGAGAUGCAGCAGCAGUUGGAGGCCUUGAACCAAUCCAUCAGUGCUCUGACUGAAGCCACUUCCCAGCAGCAGGACUCAGAGCCCAUGGCCUCAGAGGAGUCUUUGAAAGAGGCACCUCCUGCCCCAGUGCUUCAGCCUUCAGCAGAACAGACAACCCCUGAAGUCUCAGGCACACCAGCUGACACACAGAAUAUGUUGACAGUUCUCUUGAGCCACCUGAUGAAAACCCAGGAGCCAGCAGGCAGCCUGGAGGAAAACAACAGUGACAAGAACAGUGGGCCACAGGGACCCCGAAGAACUCUCACAAUGCCACAGGAGGAGGCAGCAGCAUGUCCUCCUCACAUUCUUCCACCAGAGAAGAGGCCCCCUGAGCCCCCCGGACCUCCACCGCCGCCACCUCCACCCCCUCUGGUUGAAGGCGAUCUUUCCAGCGCCCCCCAGGAGUUGAACCCAGCCGUGACAGCCGCCUUGCUGCAACUCUUAUCCCAGCCUGAAGCAGAGCCUCCUGGCCAGCUGCCACAUGAGCACCAGGCCUUGAGACCAAUGGAGUACUCCACCCGACCCCAUCCAAACAGGACUUACGGAAACACUGAUGGGCCUGAAACAGGGUUCAGUGCCACCGACACUGAUGAACACAACUCUGGUCCAGCCUUGUCAGAAUCCCUGGCCGAGUCCCUGGUGAAGAAUAGGACCUUCUCAGGCUCUGUGAGCCACCUUGGGGAAUCCAGCAGUUACCAGGGCACAGGGUCAGUACAGUUCCCAGGGGAUCAGGACCUCCGCUUUGCCAGGGUCCCCUUACCAUUGCACUCAGUGGUCGGGCAACCAUUCCUGAAGGCUGAGGGAAACAGCAACUCUGUGGUGCAUGCAGAGACCAAGUUGCAAAACUAUGGGGAGCUGGGUCCAGGAACCACUGGGGCCAGCAGCUCUGGAGCAGGCCUUAGCUGGGGAGCCCCAGCCCAGGCUUCAGCCUAUGGAAAACUCUAUCGGGGGCCUCCGAGAGUCCCACCAAGAGGGGGAAGAGGGAGAGGAGUUCCUUACUAACCCAGAGACAUCAAUGUCCUGAAAGACUCCUUCCCUAUUCAUCCUUCUAUUCUAUCAUCCAAACCUUUAAUGAAAUAUUUGCCAGAGCAAGGUCAUUUUCUGCAUUUGCCUACUGCAAAGCUGGCCGCUGUAUUCCUUGCUCACUUGCUAUUAGCAGGCGACUUACAGAAUAAUGUUGGCACCAGUUCCCCCAAGGAUGGGCGAUAGCCAGAACAUUUACUUAAUCCUACCUAGUAGGUAUAAGUAGAGGACUAGGAAAGGGUUGUUACCUUGAAAAGUAAAUGCUUUAUUAGCUCAUUGCCUGCAUUUCUUGAGCAGAAGAGAAAGAACCAUUUCAGUUUUGAGAUACGACUAUCAGAGUCUCUUUAGGUUUUGGAAUUUUUGUUUGUUUUGUUUUGUUUUUAAUGGUUUGUUUCUUUUGAGUUCUAAUUUAGUUUUUAUUUCAGAGACUAGUGCUCACAAAAUUUGAACUGCUCUUAAGCUUUUGUUCUAAGGGAGACAUUAAUUUGGUUGAUUUAAAUAAAUGUUUCCUUCCUCAACCAUUACACCAUUUUUUCUUUUAAGUGAAUGCCUGCCCCCCCCCCCCACUUGAGCAUCUUGAACAUAACUUUUUUCCCAAAUAAAUUACUUACCUAAAAGUUUGCUCUGCUUUGGCAAGAAGGAUGCUUCCUCUCCCUGCACAUAAGGCAGGUUGUAGAAAGUAGCAUUCUUGAGCAAGUAGGUGGACUUUAUCCCAUCUCUUACCUUUUGCCUCAUCUUUAUAGUUUCUAUCGUUUGGGGUUUUUUGUUUUUUGUUUUUGUUUUUUGAGGCAUUUGUUUAGAGGUGAAAAACAUAGAUGUCCAAGACCCUGGGAUAAUUCGUUAACUUUUUUGAAAUAAAGGAAAGGAAAUUGAAACUCUUACAUCGUUCUCUGCAACUCUUCAAUUUCUAAAGGGGUUUUUUGGUUGCUUUUUUUUAUUUGCUUGUUUAGACCAUGUUCUAAUGGAGGUUGGAUCAUAAAUUCAGAAAACCUAGGACAUUGCUGCUGAGCAAGGCUUAGAAAUGCUACCAUACCAAGAGGGCUAAUAAGAGCAGUCAGCAUAUUGUUUACACAUAUAUUUUUAUGUAAAACAACAGCAUUGUAAUAUUGUCAAGGAAAAUUACAUUGUGAAGUACAUGGAGACAUAAUUUCAUUUAGGGUAUUUUUCUGAAGCUGUAUCAAUCAAUAUCUGAUACCUUUUUAAAAAAAAUAAUUUUUAAAGAGUGGACCUUGAGAGAGAACAGUAUUGACAUAAUACACAUCCUAGCAUGUAUAUCCUGCCAGUUCUUUUAGGUAUUUUCCAUCAGAGAGAAGAGUUGGGGUUCUGGUAAAGGGGGUUACGUUAUGGCUUCCUGGCCAGAAUGUUGCCUUAUAAACAGGAAACGGAAAGAGGCUCUCAGGUUGGGGUAAUCUGAGAGGCUUCUCAUUUUGGCUUCCAUUUAUAUUGAAAAUCAGAAUAUAAAGUUUUAAACACAGAUACACAUAUAAAUUAUCUGCAGAUUUAGACUUGUAAACCAGAUUAGUCCCCUUUUAUAAGGAAAAGGCAUCUUGGAGAAUAGUUUACAGAAUUCAAGUGAAUCUUUGUUUUGAUGCCAAGUCCAUAUAUAAAAAAUAAAAACUAUAAGAGAAAAGGUGCACUAAUAAAAUUUAAAGAAAAACCAUUUUGAGAGACGUACGUGAAGACUAUUUUCCUUUGUUACUGAAAUAGAUAGAUAACUGGUGUGUAUAUUUCUUUCCUAGUCUGAUUUUUGGUCUGGCCUUUUCCUCAGGGCCAAACAUUUAUUAGAACCUUUUAACUGUUUUGGCAUUGGCUUUUUGUACCAGUGCGUCCAAUUAGAUUCGCUAGGCUCACUGUGAAACUGUUGGUAAAUUGCUUUUAAAGUUCAUCUGAACCUCCUGUCUGUUGACUUCUUAGUCAUCAGACAUGAGCAUUUGUAUUUGAGAAUACUUUCAUUUCAGAUUUAGGUCCCCAUUCUUUAUUUAAGAGCCUCAGCCUGGGGUACUUUCAAAUAUAUCUGGUAAAAAUUGAUUUCCCAUCAAAUAUGAAUAAAAUUCUCUAUUUUAAGUGAA